UCAUUCUCUUCUACAUUGUUCUAUCAAUAAUUCUCAGAUCAUCUUCUCCAAGUGAUAUUCUCCAAGAACCUCAUUUUUCUGCUUUAUCUUUGUAAUAUGGUAUCAGAUUAGCCUAAACACGAUCUAUAUUCUCUCUUCCGUUCUUCCGUUGUUAUUUCAAUCGAUUUCUACAAUCGGUUCUCCUUAAUUGAUUUCUACGAUCGAUUCGUUCAAUCCUACUAUGAAUCCUCCAAACCCUAUUGAGGAUCCUACUUCUCCUUACUAUCUUCAUCCAGGAGAUCACUCGGGUACCCGCAUCAUCUAUGAAACCUUCACAGGCGACAAUUUCAGUGCAUGGAAGAAGUCAGUUGUUAUGUCCUUCACGGUCAAGAACAAGCUAGGGUUUCUGGAUGGAUCGAUCAAACAACCUUCAACUGAUGAUCAGAUGCGUUAUUCUUCUUGGUAUCGUAUCAAUGCUCUUCUCCUAUCUUGGUUGAUGUAUUCUAUUUCUCCUGAUAUUCGUUCCACUUUUCUGUACUUUACUGAUGCCAAGAAUCUCUGGGAUGAGAUCAAGCUUCGUUAUGAUAAGAGCGAUGGUCCCAGGGUUUUUCAUCUGGAGAAAACCCUAACUAAUAUUUCUCAAGGAACACAAACCAUCACUGCUUAUUAUAAUCUUUUUAAAAGUCUGUGGGAUGAAUAUGUGAAUUACCGCCUUAUUCCUACUUGUAACUGUGGUCUCUGUACUUGCAAAAUCAAUGAAGUUUAUCAAAAAUUGCUUGACCGAGAUUCUGUUAUGAAAUUCCUCAUUGGUUUGAAUGAAUCUUACUCUAAUUUGAGAAGUCAAAUUCUUCUUCAACCAAAUCUGACUCUGACCACAGUAUACUCUUCUUUUCUUCAAGAAGAAUCCCAAAGAUCUCUUCAGAAUCCUACUGGUUCUAUUCCACUUUUCACUGAUCAAUCCUCUGCUUCUCAAAUCCCUAUUCAUGACUCCACUGCUUUUCUUGCCAAAUUCCAUUCUUCUAAAAAGAAAAGCAAUGUUACUUGUACUCACUGCGGUUACCAAGGUCAUUCAGCUGAAAAAUGUUUCCAAAUUAUUGGUUAUCCCAACAACUGGAAAGGACCUAAAGGUCAAAGAUUUGCCCCUGGUUUCAAAUCUUCUCAACUUUCAACAAAAACUCCUCAAGCUCAUCUAGCAAAUGUUUCUGAGGAAUCUAUUCCUAAUGACUUGGAUUUCUGUGAUCCUGACCUUUACAACAAGUUUCUUCAGUUUAUGCAUACUCAACAGACAAAGUCUGCUUCUGCUAAUGUUGCUUCUGCUAAUGUUGCUCUGGCUAUUAAUGAUGCUGGUGAUACUUCUCUCACCAAUCACAGUGAGUUCAUAGGACCACCUUACCAACAAAAUCAUUGGCUUUGCUGAAAUUCAAAAUGGACUAUAUCAUUACAAUCCUGCAACUUCUUCUUUCCCAAACCAUCAUCAAUCUGCUUUCCAAUCUGUUGCUAAUUCUGCAAACACUCAUUCUGAAAGUCCUGAUAUUUGGCAUUAUAGAUUAGGUCAUUUUCCUUAUACAAAGUUCAACAUGCUGUUUGAUUGUAAUGUUGCUAAUAAUUGUACUAGUACUGUUCCUUGUGAUAUCUGUCACUUUGCUAAACAAAAGAGAUUACCUUUCAAUAACAGUGAUUCUUAUGCUACUUCUGCUUUUGAUUUAAUUCAUAUGGAUGUUUGGGGACCAUAUAGAGUUACUUCUUAUUCUGGUUUUAAGUAUUUCCUUACUAUUGUUGAUGAUCAUACUCGUUGUACUUGGGUUUUUAUGCUAAAAACAAAAUCUGAAGUUAAAUUUCAUAUGAUCAAUUUUCAUAAAAUGAUUGAAACUCAAUUUCAUAAAAGAAUA